GCCUUCUUCCCAUUCAUCUCCUUCAAAUCUCAGCCCUUUCAAAAAGCGAGAAAAAAAAAAACAGAGAAGUCGGGAAAAAGAUAGUGGCGUCCAUGUUCUCCAUAUCGGUCUCCGACGAAGAUUCUGAUGAUCUCUCCGGAAAGGCGAGAUCCCGGCACCGGAAGAAGAGAAGGAAACCGGGACUGCAAGGCAAGAAAGACACCAUCCGUUGGAUCUUCCGUACGAUCCUGAGAUGGUGGCCAGUCCUGAUCUUCGUUCCCGCUAUCAUCUUCCUCCUCUUCCAGGCGCCCAAUAUCGGCCAUGACCAAAAUGACGAGCUGAAACCGAAUCCCGUCGAGGAUACGCCGGUGGGGAAUCUGAAUCAGCUCGGCGUCAGAUACAGAGUCGUCAAUGGCGUCAGAGAGCCUUGCUUGAAGAUCCUGCCUCCAAAUGAGAUCCAGCGCUUGGAGUUUCCUGCAGAUGUGGAGCCUGACUUUCCUGUUAAAAGAGUGGUAUACAAAUCAGCCAGUGAAGAUACAUCUCAUAUUGGAGGUGAUGGUCUUCUAUUACGACAGUAUACAAAAGCUACCAGAUUUAAUUUAUUUACUGGAAACCAAACAUUGGAAGAGAGAGCAGAAAGUUUUAAGGUGAGUGAAACUGCUGUGGUGAAUUGUGGUUUCUACAGUGAAAAUGGAGGUUUUAAGAUAUCUGAUGAAGACAAAGCUUACAUGCAAUCGUGCAAAGCUGUCGUGUCUACUUGUGCAUUUGGUGGUGGAGAUGAUCUGUAUCAACCUAUUGGAAUGAUGGAGGCAUCGCUUAGAAAGGUUUGUUAUGUGGCAUUUUGGGAUGAAAUAACUCGCUCAACUCACGAAGCAGAGGGGAAGAGAAUUGGUGAAGACAGUAUGAUUGGCAAAUGGAGAAUUGUUGUUGUUAAGGAUCUUCCUUUCACGGAUCAACGACUGAAUGGUAAAAUUCCCAAGAUGUUGAGCCAUCGUCUCUUCCCUCAAGCAAAAUAUUCAAUUUGGGUGGACUCAAAGUCUCAGUUUCGGAGGGAUCCAUUAGGUGUUCUCGAAGCACUACUUUGGCGUACAAAUUCUGUCCUUGCAAUUUCAGAACACGGAGCCCGAAGUAGCGUCUAUGAUGAGGGGAAGGCCAUUGUUAAGAAAAACAAAGCUACUCCAGAAGAAGUUGAAGUGCAGCUGACUCAAUACCGUCAUGAUGGUUUUCCAGAUGACAAGAGGUUUAAGGGCAAGAAAGCUCUAUCUGAAGCCUCCGUCAUCGUGAGGGAGCACACGCCAUUGUCAAAUCUAUUCAUGUGCCUUUGGUUCAAUGAAGUGGUACGGUUUACUUCACGGGAUCAGCUUAGCUUCCCAUAUGUCCUCAGGCGGCUGAAUGUACUCAAGAUCAAUAUGUUUCCUGUAUGUACUCGCAAAGAUCUUGUAAAUAGCAUGGGCCACAAGCGCAAGGUGAAGCCUUUGAUUAUUUAGCAUCAUGUAUUUGUGGACCCGUCGAUUCUCUCUCGAUUCCUUAUUUAUUUGCAAUUUUCCACAUGCAUCAGUAUUGUGUUUUUUCCGUGGAUGUAUUCCGAUUUGUUCCGGGCUCCCCCAAGGUGGAGGAACCAAUACCCUGAUAUGUGGGAACUUCCAAGUGUGCCAUGUUAGAAUUGCUGGGGUUGUGUUUUGUUUUCUUUUUC